AUAUGGUCCAUGGCCACAGCAGAGUUUCACAAUUUAUGGGACACAGGGCACACACACACGCACACAACCAUAUACACUUGCGAUGCGCUCUUUUGCUCAGCUAGCAACUCCUGCGAAAAGGGGGCAUAAUGGUUUUCAGCUGGGCACUGCGAAGGAAGUGGCGUGCAAAAUUUUGCGUUGGUGCUGACUGCCCUUUCUCUCUCUCUCACUAAUUCUCCCCGUCUCGUUUGCUCUUACGCUUGCUCUUUCACUCUUUCUAUCGUUCUCUCUAUAUGUGUGGGUAUACAAGCGUAUGUAUGUAUGUGGGUGGUGAGUGUGUUGUAUGCUGUUUAUUUUCGCAUGUGUAUGUAUACUUUGCUUAUGUUUGGGUGUGUACGUUUGUAUAUAUGUAUGUAUUGGGUUUGGGGCUGAAUUGGGUGUGUGUGUGUGUAUCGCAAAAAUUUCACUUGGAAACUCGCAUGAAAGGCAUUAUUUUUUUCUGUGUGUGUGUGUGUGUUGCUUUUGCGGAGGCGUAGAGCACGCUGCUGUUUGCCAUUUUAGCUCGUGCGUUUCCUGCUCGUGUUUUUUGCUGCUUCGUCGGCUGGGCGCUCGCUGCAUGUUAUUGCAGCCAGGCAGAAGCCAGCCAGACCCAAAUGUCCUUUUUCGUACGAAACGAAAUGCUGGGGAUAUAUUUGUGUUUAAUUUGAAUUUCCUUUUGCUGUUUAGCAUUUAAAUUAUGUUGAAAAUGUUAUGCGUUUGCAUUUAAUUUCAUUCAAGUGAUAAAUGUUAUAGCCCCAUGCGCUUGUAAUGUGUGUGAGUGUUAGUGUAUUUGUGUGUCUGGGUGUGCAUGGGUACAGCACCUGCUGCAUUUUGUGUAUGUGUGUGUUAAUGUUGGCACUUGUACAAAAAGAUAUCAACGCGGUGAGCUCCAGCCUCAUACAAGGCGGACAUUGCCGAGAUUAUAAUGGCAAACUCUAUGAAACUGGCAUGCAUUAUAUGCCAGGACCGGACUCGUGUCGUCUGUGCAUCUGCGACAGCGGAUUGCCCAAGCAAUGCAAGAUGGUGCUUUGCGAGGCGUUCAGCAAAUGCAAAUCCUUUCAGACCGUUGGCAGUGGCAACAAUUGUUGCGAGGUCAUCUGCCUGGACGAUCAGUUUAGCGAUGGCAGCACCGAUUUUGGCAUUUGA